AAUAAAAUCACUAUUUUUUUCCGGCGAAAAUGGUCACCAUCGACGAGAUCCGACAGGCACAACGAGCCAUGGGGCCCGCUACCGUGUUGGCCAUCGGAACAGCCAAUCCUUCCAAUUGUUACGAUCAAAGUACCUAUGCUGACUAUUUUUUUCGUGUCACUAAUAGUGAACAUAAAACUGAACUUAUGAACAAGCUUAAGCGCAUGUGUGACAAAUCAAUGAUUAAAAAGAGACAUUUUUAUUUAACUGAGGAAAUCUUGAAAAAAAAUCCUAAUAUUUGUGAAUACAACGCUCCAUCGUUGAAUAUUAGGCAAGAAAUCACGAUUGUUGAGGUGCCAAAACUUGGGAAGGAGGCAGCUGAAAAGGCCAUCAAUGAAUGGGGUCAGUCUAAGUCCAAAAUUACACAUUUGGUAUUUUGCACCACUAGUGGUGUGGAUUUGCCUGGGGCCGACUAUCAACUCACUAAGCUUCUUGGACUUGAACCAUCAGUGAAACGAUUCAUGAUGUACCAACAAGGUUGUUAUGGUGGUGGCACUGCUCUUCGAUUAACUAAGGAUUUAGCUGAGAAUAACAAAGGUGCUCGAGUUCUUGUUGUAUGCUCAGAAUUAGCCAAUUUGGUUUGCUUCCGUAACCCAAACGAAACCGAACUUGAAGUUUUGGUUGGACAAGCCCUCUUUAGUGAUGGGGCAUCAGCUGCCAUUAUUGGUUCAGAUCCAAUCAUGAAUGUGGAAAAACCUUUGUUUGAGCUUGUAUUCGCAACUUAAACUCUUCUCCCAGAUAGCGAAUACGCAAUUACUACUUACCUAACUGAGGCUGGGCUGAAGGUCGAGUUACAUAAGGAUACUCCGAUGCU